AUGAUUCCACCUCACCCUCACUCAUCCGUGCCCGUGCAGAUCUCUAGUUCUUCACAAGAUGAUGGUGUUUCAAUGGGUAGUCCAUUGGCACCAGUACUAGCAAAUUUGCUUAUAGAAAAACUUGAAAAUGAACACAUAUUAAUACCGGGUAACGAUCGAAUAAUAAAAACAUGGAUUAGAUAUGUGGAUGACAUUUUUGUUAUAUUAAAUGGUGAUGAAAAUGAUGCUUUACUUUUACUUGAUACCGUUAACCAACUUCAUAAGCAAAUAAAAUUUACACUUGAAAUAGAGAAAGAUGGUGUGUUAGCAUUUUUAGACGUGCUGAUAAUGAAACAAAAUGACAUAUAUGAAACGACCGUAUAUCGGAAGAAAACCAACACUAACUUGUACAUGAAAUGGGAUUCUAUUUCACCACGUUAUCAAAAAAUUGCCCUAAUUAAAUCGUUAGUUACUAGAGCUCUUCGAAUAUGUUCAAAUCAACAAUUAUUAGAUAUCGAGUUAGCAUGGCUAAAACCAGUCUUGAAUGAGAACGGAUAUCCAAAAGCUCUUAUAGAGAAGAUAAUUGAACUAACAAUGAAAAAGAACACGGAGAAGGAUAGUCAAAAAAAGUCUCUAAUGGACACCAGAAACGAAUCACGUAAAUUCAUCUCUAGUCUCAAACGACUGUUAGACAAAGUUGGUAUACGUAAUAUUCGUUUCGGAUUUAGAAAACAUAAAACAAUCGGUAAUUCACUUUCACAGAAAUAUAAAGACAAAGAUUAG